AUGGACGUGUUCCUGGCAAGUGCCUUGGUCAGACACUGGAGCCUAGAGGAGUGGGAUGCGGAUGUUGGAGGGGCAGCCCCUUCCUUGCCGAAUCCACCUGGCAGGGGCUUCCUGCAGCACAGCGUGGACCUGGACACCAAGGAAGAGAUGGAUGUCACAGGCCCUUCCUACCAGGUCGCAGGCAGCCUGACAUUGAUAGAUAUGGAGCCCAAGGACCAGCCAGUUAUGGUGGCACUUCGAAUCUGCCCACUCGAUGCAUAACUGGAGGAGGGAGCUGCGGUCAUUGCCCACAAAGUCGGGAACGAGAUGGUGGUGCUCAUGGACCACGGCGAGGACCCGGAGGACGCGCCACGCACACACCAGUCCCGGGAGGGGACCUUCAUCUUCGACAGGGUGUUCGACCAGCACACAACUCAGGAAGAUGUGUAUGGUGCCACCAUCCAGCAUUUGGUGGAAGGCGUCAUCUCUGGAUACAACGUGACAGUGUUUGCCUAUGGCCCCUCAGGUGCAGGGAAGACCCACACCAUGCUGGGUAUGGAUGCGGAGCCCGGCAUCUACCUGCAGACCUUCACUGACCUCUUCCAGGCCACUGAGGAGACCCGGGACAGCGCGGACUACAGUGUGUCCAUGUCUUACCUUGAGAUUUAUAAUGAAGUGAUCCGGGACCUCCUGAACCCAUCCUCGGGGUUUCUGGACCUCAGGGAAGAUUCCAGGGGCAGCAUCCAGAUUGCAGGCAUCAUGGAGUUCUCUACCUCAAACACCCAUGAAAUCAUGCAGCUCCUCACGAAAAGCAACCGGCAGCGCACACAGGAGCCCACGGCCAACCAGACAUCGUCCCGCUCCCACGCUGUGCUGCAGGUCACCGUGUACCAGCGGAGCCGCAGCACAGACCUGGUGAAGGAGGUGCACGUGGGGAGGCUCUUCAUGGUGGACCUGGCAGGCUCGGGAAGGAGGGGGCAGACCCAGAACCGAGGCAAGAGGAUGAAGGAUGGUGCACACAUCAACCGCUCACUGCUGGCCCUGGGCAACUGCAUCAACGUGCUCAGUGAGAAGGGUGGCAGCCGGGCGCAGUAUGUGAACUUCCGGGACAGCAAGCUCACACGCCUGCUGAAAGAUGCCUUAGGUGGGAACAGCCGCACUGUGAUGAUCACCCACAUCAGCCCAGCCAGCACCUGCUUUGAGGAGUCUCGGACCACGCUGCCGUACGCUUACAGGGCCAAGAAUAUCAAGACCAGGGUCAAGUGCAACCCGCUGAAGGUCUCCUAUCGCAUCGCGCAGUACACGGAGGUCAUCUCCGACCUGCGCAGGGAGAUCCAGAACCUCCAAUCAAAAAUUGAGAAGCAAAGGAGAAGAAAAGUGAAGCCGGCAUCCAGGAUGCCCGAGGUAGGCAGGCCGAGAGAUUCCCAGCGGAGGAGCCCCACGGGUCGCCAGCGCGACUCUUGUGACCGGCGAGGCGGUUUUGCCGGCGCCUUGGAGCGACGGUUCUUGGUGCAGAGUCAGAAAAGCACCAUCAAUCUUAACGCCGCUGAUUUAGUCGGUGCAGUGGGUUGCUCAGAUUUCGGCGCUGAGAAUCAAUAA